GCUGAGUGUAAUGCUAAUAUGCUGCUAACAGUACAAUGCUAACAGCCCCGACGCUGUGGAUACCUUUUCUGCGCCGCAGCCAGUGAGUGCUGAUGACUGUGAUGUAGCUAUGUGUGUUUCCUGGCGGAUUUUGACUCUAAUCUCUACCUGGUGACAGGACCGUGAUUGUUCAUUUCUGUCACCACCUGCACACCCUUUAAUACGGUUAGCCAUGCCAGAUUUAUCUGAAUAACAAGUAGCAUUGGGGGGUUUGGGCGGAACUUGAGUGAUUACACCUUCCCAACAAAAGACUGCCAUGUUUCUGUUAGAAUGAGAAACUGAGCGAGGAAAAAGUGAAAAGCAAGUGAGACUAAAGGGGCCAAAGUGCUUGUGUUGGUGACGGAAAAGAAGAGCCAUCCUAGCAGUAGGUUGGCAUCAAUUAAAGCAGCAAGGCCCUGAGGAUGACUAGCCUGUUCAAGCGCAGCAGCAGCAAUGGAGGCUCCGGGGGCAGCGGGAGUGGCGGAGGUGGGAGCGGCAGCGGCCAGGGGCAGCUCAACAACAGCCGGUCCAACCGGCAGGUCCGUCGCCUGGAGUUCAACCAGGCCAUGGAGGACUUCAAGAUCAUGUUCCCCUCUAUGGACUAUGAGGUGAUCGAGUGCGUGCUGCGCUCCAACAACGGAGCCGUGGACGCCACCAUCGACCAGCUGCUCCAGAUGAGCAUUGACGGACAGGGCUCAGAUGACAGCUCAGACUCUGAUGACAGCAUCCCCCCAGAGAUUCUUGAGCGAACCCUGGAGCCUGACAGUUCAGAUGAGGAACCUCCUCCAGUCUACUCUCCACCAACAUAUGAUAUGCACAUUUAUGACAGGAAAUACCCCGAAGCUCCACCAACACCCCCGCCGAGAUUUGAAGCAGAGCCACCUCCGGGUCACCAGCAGGUCAGAAGCUACCGGAACUGGAACCCUCCUUUGCUCGGAAAUCUCCCCGAUGACUUUCUGCGGAUCCUACCGCAACAGUUGGACAGUAUCAAGAGCUCUCAGAGCAGUCUAUGCCAGCCUUCAUCAUCCUCAGCUUCUUCCCUAAGCCAAUGGACAGCCCAGUCUGCUUCUCGGCCCGGAGAUGCAGGGACCCCUGGAGGUUCAGGUUUGACGACAGGAGCCUCGGAGCAAGACAAGAAACUCAAGCAGUAUCUGGAGGACGAGCGCAUCGCCUUGUUCCUGCAGAACGAGGAGUUUAUGAAAGAGCUGCAGCGCAACCGCGAGUUCCUCAUGGCCUUAGAGAAAGAUCGCUUGAAGUAUGAAUCAAAGAAAUCAAAGUCUCAUCAUUCAUCUAGUAUGGAGAGUUGCACAGGAGAACAGUACUCCGCAGCUUCAAUGGACGCCGUCUCAGAUGACGCCAUGUUCAGAGACAAACUCAAUCACAUGGGCAAAUCAACAAGAAAGAAGCUGUUUGAAAUUGCCAGAACGUUCUCAGAAAAGACAAAGCGGAGAAAGUCCAAAAGGAAGAUGCUCCUGAAGCACCACUCAUUGGGAACAGCCAACUCUACGGCAAAUCUCCUGGAUGAUGUGGAGGCAAACCCCUGUGAGGAAGAUGGCCAGCCCAGAAGAACAAACACUCAGGAACAGAAUGAGCAGCGCCAUGAGCCAGUAGUAUGAUCCUCCUGUGCUGCACCAUAUCAGGAUUACCAUGGCGACGGCAGCAUGACCCAUGGGAGCCGGCCUUGCAGCUCUUCCUGUCUUCCCCUGCUCCCCCACCCUAAUCUGAUACCAGACAAUGUAAGGCCCAGUGAGAAGGGGGACGACAUUAUAACACUUUGUUAACAUAUCAUUUCAAACGUAAAGGUAAAAGCAUUAGUCCUGACAGUAUUCACCGGCUUCCUUUAACCCAGUGACGGAACACUUCUACCAUAUGAACCUUUCUUACUCACACACUGUGUAUCUGACUGCGAACCACAGGCAUUUCAGAUGCUUUCUAUACACUAAACCAUGUAGAGCUUUUUUACCAUGUUUUCUUAAUCACAUUGUAAUAUUCUGCUGUUUUUCCAUGUCCAGGGUUACGUAAGUGACAGAAUAUUGCGGCCAUUAAAGUUGUGGCUGCCCAGAUGUCAACACAUUGUAUCAAACUGAUCACAUUUAAAGGAUCGUUUUUCGGACAGCGACGGAGCAGCUUAUUGGUUUGCUCUGUUUGCAAGGUGAAAACUAUGUCAUUCAUACUGUAGCAUAGAACACUACAACAACAACAACAGGAUGACAGAUAAUGAGCAGAAAGACAUGACAACCUCUCUACUAUGUUUCAAUAGAAUAGAGUAUAGCAGGGAUGACCUCUAAACCCUCUUUACCAGACUAUUGGUAAAUACAAGCUUACGAGAUUUUUGCGCUUUGUCCUACGACAUAUAAUACGUCAGUAAAUACCCAACUGGUAAACGUCUGAAGCUUUAAUGUGUCUUAAAAGGAGAAGCUAAAUAAGACUACUAAACGUCAACACUUCAAGGACGAGUUCGCCUUAGGCUAAGCGGUGUGGGCAAAAAGUUAUGUUACGGUGAAGUAGUACGAUUAUAGCAUUAAGUUAGCUACUUCUGCCGUUAGCAUUAUACUUCAACUUUUAUAAAAAUAGUCUCAAUAUGUGGAGAUUAUCAUUCUAAACAAAAUGUGUAAACUUCAUAAAUGUGUGUUUGCCACAGAUCUAAGAUUCCAAAAUCCAAUGGAAAAACCCCAUUGCUUAUUCUUUAGGUAGCCCUUGCGAUGCUCACUUCAGGAUUAGCUUAGAAAAACACUCCAUCCCUUCACCACUGUAUUACCUUAUACAAAUAGGUUAUAACUCAGGUCAGUCUAAAGGCAAACUUGUUAAUAGCUCAGAAUGAACAUACUUUAAGGAAGGGGCCCUGAAGGCAUCACAAUGUGAAGAGAGUAAGAUUAAAUAGUGUUGUGUGGUUGGAGGAGGGUCAAUUUGUGUGAAGUACACUGAGGCCUUCAGGGUAUGAUAUAAGCAUAUGGUGAAUAUACCAUGGUAAAACACAUGCUGCUUUCCCACACAGCCAUAGCAUUAGAUUGAUUAAGAUGAAAAGGAGCAUGAUGUGGAAUUUGUUCGGUUAGCAGCGUACAAUUUUAACAUUUUGGUGGCCUCCAUUUGUAAUUGGAGCAAAGCAGCGGUGGCCUAGAGAGGGAUGGACAAAUACAGUAAAAUAGUCCCGCCUUUGGAUGUGUUCUCAUGGUGGAGAGCCAGUGAGGGCUCUCGGCUUCGUUGCUGUGCUAGUGCAGGUGGCAGGUUUAAAGAAACAGCACCCCCCUCCUCCAGGACAUCAUUACUGUCAACAUUGGCGAGGUUAAUUUAUUCCAGGUAUCAACAUCUACCUCCUCCUACCCACAAACCUUUGCAUUUUUAGGUCAUGGGGGUUCUGUUUUUAGACCUUCUUCUGGGACAUCAUUGUACUUUACCUUGGGGAAUGGCAUUGUUCUCACCUGGCCUUUUGAAGCAAACUAAGAGUCUGAAUCCACUGCUCUGCUCUCCAUUCAUUGCUCCGCUGUAUUCUGCCAGGUUUCCUGAACUCUGGAAAAAAACCUAAGAUGUUAUGAAGAUAAGAAAUAUCUUCCAGACUUUUUUGCCAUAUUCUUUAAUGUCCCCCGAGUCUUUGAGCAAAUCAUGUAUUUGUUGAUCUCAUCUUUGCGAGCUCAGAGGAACACGAGUGAUAGAAAUGUCUCUUGGAGGAUAAAGCAUCUGAAAGGUGAUUUGGAGGAUCACCCUGUGAACACUCAUUCUGAUACGAUUUGGACAAGAGUAAAGACAGAACAAAAGAAAAACACAAAAUGACUUGAUAUGUAACGGUAGAUGUGAAACUAGCAUGGGUAAAGGUGUAAGAGGUGUGAUGUAGCCUGUGUGAACAGUCAGAGUUGGAGAACGAGUAAAAUUCUCCCUUUGUGCAUAAAAUGUUUUGUUUCCACCUCAGAAAAUCUCCACAAAUUAACCUUUCUGGAAAUGUUUUCACAGUUUUGUGUGUGUUAUCUAUCCCCUUUUGAUUAAACUACUUACAUGUGUUAUUUGCUUAUUUAGGGAUGAGCGAAGUUUGAUGUCUGAAAGUGAUUUAUAGUAAGUAAUUGGACCAUUCCAGUGUUAAUGCAUGUUUUAGACCAUUUAAUAUAAGUCAUGUACACACAACUUUACUUGUAAAGCUAAUUUCUCACUAUUUUUAUAAAAAAAAUAUAUCAUGUGACUGGAGGGAGACAACUGUUGUGAGAAACCCACAGAGAGAUCUCGCUAACUCUCAAUGGGCAUUUCAGUAUUUUUCAACUCAUUGUUUUGGAGCAGAUUUUUCUCAGUGAAACGCCCUGAUGAGAAACCUGCUGUUGAACUCUUAAUGAAGGCUAAUGUAGCUCUGUGUCCUGGAACGUGUUAAUCACUAUUGUGAGAUGAUAUUUUGUCAAUGUUGCGUUUACAGUACUGCUGCCACCAGGCUGAAACAUGCAGAAACACGAGGAGUAGUCAUGUAUUAUAUACUGUGUAUGUAGGGGGCAGCAGUGCUUCAUCACAAUAAACUGUGUCUCAUUUCUCAUUCACACUAUUACCUAAAGUUCACUUUAAAAACUACAUUUUCAACAAGUUGUUUAGCAACAAUGUCAAGCACUGACCUUUCGAAGUGCAACAGAAUAGCUUAGCUUAAUUUAACAGAGCCGCGCAAGCUAGCAGCGGAGGAAACCGUAGAAACAAAACUAGCUAGCUGUUUUCACUGUGAGGCUCUGCGCCCAACAUCACGGUGGGCAAAUUCAGUUUAAGAAAUGGUGGCCAGGGCCCAGUGGUUCAAAACUUUUAAUCUCAAUCAGAUCCGAUCAGAUUUUGAAAUCCCAUUUUUUGUGAUCCAGGAUCAGACAACUCGGCCAGAUUGUGUCCCAGUAUUUUAAAGCAAUUCAGGAUAGGAUCACCCUGAUCCAGAUUCAGACUUUUCAAGAUGACUAGAUCCUGAAUAUCAGUGCUUUAAUCCUACCGAUCUCCAUCUAGUGGAUAUGAAAAAUAAUACAAGGAAGACAAGAGACCACAUUGCAGAGACAUCUAUUGUCCGCAAUUACUUUUGAAAGGUGAUGACGGACUUUUUUUUUGUUGAAGAUAUGUUUUCUUUAAUCUAAAUUACAUUUGUGAUUGACAAUCUUUGUUGUGAUACUUUUAUGAGCAUAAACAUUUGUCAUCAACAUUUGGUUGAAAACCAAAUAGGCCACCACAAACGUGAU